CAUUCACGGCUUGCCAUGGUCCAUCAGGUCCAUAAGACCGACUCGCCCCAGUUCAUCAGGAAGGGAGUGGCCGUCUCAUCAGCAUUGACGGCUGGCAGCAGGCUGCUCGUAAGGAGCAGCCCUGACCAAAGGCCCCGCAUGGCAGUUUUGAGGUGGCAGACCGUGUUUGUUGCGGGGGACGGCAGGACUGCUGCAAGGAGCGGACAGGGCCGGAUGAGUGAACGAGCGACGCACAGAAAAGGAAAUAAAAUGCAGGGGAAGAUCCAAGAUGGAUCCUCCUAG